AUGCUGGGCAAAGGAUUUGCACAGGCUCGACAACUUGUGCCGGCCACUUUUCAACGAUUGCAGCACACAGCCAUUCCCGCGUUUCCCUCCGUCUCGACACAUAAGGUCCAACUCGAGCGAUAUCGUCGACAAAACCCGGAAGCACAAGAGAAAUGGGAGAAAAGGCUCGUUCUUCGGAAACCCGUGCUACAAUGUGAUGAGGUAUUGCCUCCGAAGAUCUACCACGCACCGGAAUGGGACCUUGAUAAGCGAGCAGACAAAUUUGACGGGCCACCAGAUCCAAUGCUUGGUUAUGGGAUGACGCCCGAAAAAUGGGAAUAUUACAAUAAAGUGGUUUGGCCUCCGAACUAUGUCGUGCCGGAGACAGGCCUUCCAAAGCCUCGAGAAGUCUUUCAUUGCCGUGAAUCUUUACGUUUCUCUCCUAAACGCAUGUGGCACGCCUGUCAACUCGUCUGGACAAUGAACAUUGAUGAAGCUUUGAUACAACUCGAUUUGCAACAAUCGAAAGCGUGUCGCCUAUUGGCAGAAGUACUACAAGAGGCCAAAAAUCGAGCAGCGAAAGAGUUCCACAUCGAGUACCCGUCUCAAAUGCAUGUAGCCGAAGCUUUCCCCAUUCAAUCACAAAUCAUCAAAGGUGCUCGGAGACAUGCUCGCGAGAAUUGGAAUCUCAUUCGAUAUCGAUACAUCCACAUCUUUGUGCGAUUAGAAGAAGGAGACGGGCCGGGAUUCCGAAAAAGAAACAAACCAUCUGAUGGAUGGGAUCACAUGCGAAAUUAUUACGAUCAUUUGAGGGAUCGCACCGGAAAAAAGAACAGAAAAGAGCGACCGUCAAUGUUGAGGCGGGUGAAGACGAUUUUGGACGAUCGUUUUAUAAGGUCCUACUGUGACAGUCGAUUCCAGUCAAUUUUGGAGCGAAACAAUGUCCGAAGUCCUUUUGAAGAUCCUACUAGAAAUCGAGUCGUUGCGACUAGAACACCCGCACGGAGACCUUCUUCAAACGCUCCUCUUUCUUCAAAUCUGUUUAACGUUCCAAUUAAUGCACGACUUGACGAUAUUGAACCUCCUUUGAAGCAGACCACUGUGAAGGAGAUUUUCAAAGAGAAAGAUGUACCGUCUCCAUUAGCAUUUGCAGCUAAACAAGAAACUGAAAUUCCCAAGCCAAUGGAGGAAGUAAGAACAGCGAACUCAGAAAAAAUUCAAGUUCCUCCAAUUGCUGGUGGAUCGGGUGGCUCAGGUGAUGGGACUGGAUCAGAGGAAGCUAAUGACGAGGAAGCGAGAAAACGACGCGAACGAAUGGCGAGGAACACGAAAAUUGGAAUGUUUGUGGUUUUGGGAACGGCAGCUGCCUAUUUUGCAGGGUUCUGUAUAUACUAUGGUCGUUCAAAACGAGACGAAGACGGAAAAGUCAUCGUUGACGAGUUUGCGGACGCCGGCUUUAUGGCUCCAUUUUAUCGAAUUGCCAGCAGUAUUAAAUUAUGGAAAGAUUAUGUUGUCGAACCAGCACGCGACAAAUUACUGCCAGAUCCAAUACAACCGCCAUACAUUCAACCCAAAUACACUCUUGUUAUUGAGAUGAAAAAUGUUCUCGUUGCCCCUGAAUGGACUUACAAAACGGGCUACAGAUUCAUCAAGCGGCCCGCAUUAGAUUAUUUCCUUGAUGUGGUUGGAUAUCCUAAUUUUGAGGUUGUCAUUUACACAAGUGAAAGCAACUUUACUGGGCCGCCAGUUGUGGAGUCGAUUGAUCCCAAAGGACGAAUUAUGUACAAGUUAUACCGCGAUUGUACAAAGUACAUGAAAGGUGUUCAUGUUAAGGAUCUCUCCAAGUUGAAUCGAGACUUGUCCAAGGUGAUCUACAUUGAUUUUGACCCAGCUUCGUUCCAAUUGAAUCCGGACAACGUGCUCCGAAUGCCGAAAUGGGAGGGUGAAAUGAGUGACACGGCAUUGGUCGACUUGGCUGAGCUGCUGAAAACAAUCCAUUUGUCUGAUGUGGAUGAUGUUCGACCAACUUUGCAAUAUUACUCAAGUUUCGACAAUCCGGCUGCCGAGUUCAGAAAGAGGGCAAUGUACUUGGCGGAACAGGAAGCGGAAAAGCAACGCCAACUGGAGAACAAGGAUGAUGGACUUCUCAAGCGUUACUCCGGGCGACUCUUCGGUUUCAGACGCCACGAGUACGCAAAA